GACAGCCGUGAAAAAAGUAGCUUGGUCUGUUUCCUCAGUGAUCACUUUUAACUCUACGCACAAAGGAAGUCCCAAAGAGUGGUAAAGUAGAAGGAGGAACCAAACCAACCCAAAGGAGCUAAUCAGUGAAGAACAUACUGAGCUGCUGCAGAAAUCAAGUGACGUGGAAAGAAAUGCUGGCUGGAAUGAAGCAUUUGUACCCAAAUAUGCUUGUGGGCUAGACAUACUACAGAAUGGAUGGGGGGAUGAAAAGCCUGAACCAUGGAUGCAAAAUCUGGCAUUAGUUGUGGUACAAAAUAUGGUACUAUGUAUGCCCUGCUCACGAUCAUACUGGCCAUGGCAAUAAUGGGGUCAUCCCUUGCAAGAGAGACUAAUCAAAAUAAUUCUGUACAGAGCCAUAACAACAUUUCCAUCAGAUCUGUGACAGUGAACAAGGUUACAUCUCAGCUGGCAGAAGGUAAAGUGAAUAAGUCUGCAGUAAUUGGCGCUACUGUUGUAUUGGAUUGUCCUCGACACAUAUAUGACCUGGUAGUGUGGAAUGCAUACUUAUAUAAUGGAAUAUGGUGCCAUUUAUCAUACUGGACUAAACAUGAUCAGGAAAGCAAAAACUGCAGUGAGAAUUCAAAUUGGUUAUCUAGACCAAGGCAUCCGCCUUCUCUUCAGAUAAAGUCAGCCCAAAUUUCCAACGAAGGAUUAUACCGAUGUUCUAUUUCAGAUGCCAAUGGAACUUUCUUCUUUUCCUAUUAUCUAACAGUAUUAGUACCUCCUUCGGUGUCUUUGAGUUAUAACGUCAAUGGCAAUCCUGUGUGCAAGGCAGCUGCUGGAAAACCGGCUGCACAGAUUUCAUGGACCCCGGAAGGAGAUUAUAAAACUAAACCUGAAGUUUCACUUAAGGGCACAGAGACAAUAAUCAGUGAAUACUAUGUCACCAAUGCCACUCAGGAUGACAUUGCUUGUAUCGUCUCUCAUCCUGCCUGGGAAGAGUCCCGUGUCUUCAGUCUCUCAUUAGACAUGGACAGUGCAGGAAGGACAGAUCCUAUGCGAAUUCUCUACAGCAGCCUCAUUUGUCUCUUGGGAAUCUUCGUGCUUGUACUUUUCAUUUACCUAUGGAAGAUCUUCCGUGGAAGAAAAACAGAUGUCACUACACUGAAAAUCCCUGAAGCAAUUUCAACACGACUGAGCUUCCAGGAGAGUGAUACACAGCCAUAUGCCACCUUUGUGCAAGUAGAAAAUGUGAUCUAUGACAAAGCAAGUGACUUCUCACCGGGAUUUUCAAGUUCAACAUGAGCCAUCAAUUAGGCCAAGCUUUGUGAAGAUGUGUUAAAAGGGGGAAAACCCUUACUUAGUAACAGUGAAGACGGCAUGCUAUUUCUUUAAAGAUACUUUCCUUCUUACUGAACAUGGAAACGUUUUGGUUUGCGCAUCUGUGUUGCAUCACCAAUGACCCAUUGUCUCUAACAUUACCCUUCCUCCUGUCACAGUCAUUGGUUACAAGGCCAGAGUUUGCUGUCUUCUGUACAAAAGGAAAUGCUCAACUUACCAUGCAGAGAGUUUGUGGGUUUGAGCAAAAGAGGGAUGCUGCUUCUAAGGCAAUGGUCUGGAGCUACCUAAGCAUAGCGUUAUUUUGUCUCCAUCUCAGGAGUCUGUGCUCUCUGUUGUGGUUCCGGAGAAGGCACAAGUCUCCAGGCAAUGAGUUUGAAUCUGCUUUGAACUCAUUGCCUGGUGGGCUCGAAAAAAGUGAUGUGCGUGAUUGGCUUCACUCUGGUUGGGCAGAAAAAUGUUUCGACUGCUGCCUGCGCAUGCUCAUGGUAGUAACCUUUGGAGCAUCAUCCCAUCCACCCUUUAUUGUAAUUAAAGGGUUCUCAUGUUGUUAUUCUACAGCUGCUUGUAUGUGUUUCAGUCAUUGUCACACCUUUGGGGGGAGCAGUUGGCAUGGAUCCUGAAUCUGGGACCUUGAGCACCAGUUCUCCUUUUGGGCACUAGUAAAGUUGGGGGUUCUCUUAUGUGUCUGAUCCAGCAUGAGAGGCAAAAGGUUUUCUAGCAAGCCCUGGUGGUGGAGGAGGAGGACUGUUUAGGCCAUCCAUCUUCAUAGUUCCUUUCCUGUCAUGUCAAAUUUCAGCUGAUGGCCGAAGGUUCAGGAUAAUUUAUUAGCAGGUUGGUUGGUUGAUGCUUGGAUCCAGAACCGAUGUGUUUGGGGUAACCUCUUUUACUGCUGUAACCAAUAAAGAUGUUGUCUUAUUUAU